CUCAACAAGCAUAUCAACUUAUUCUCAAAAUUUCGAUAUCGCGUCAUGGUGAACCAAGAAGGGGGUGAUACGGGAAAAGUAGACCCUCCGGUACCGCAUGACUAUACAACGCAGGCCUGGGUAGCCUGUCUUUGCUGCUUUUUCAUCACAGGUCUUAUCGCGCUGUUGGCAGCCAGUAAGGCCCAUGAUGCCCUGACGCAGGGGGAUUUAGUCGGUGCUCGGUCGGCCGCGAAAUGGGCCCGGAUCAUCGUUCGCGUCAGCUACGGAGGCCCCGUCAUUAAUGGUGUCGUCAUAUGGGCAUUCUGGUUCUGCGGGAUUCAAAAAACUUGUUGGGGAAUGACUUGAACAAAAGCACUUGAAUCCUUCAUUUGCUGUUUUAAUUUGAGUGAAUACGUCUGAAAAUUGUAAAUGUUUUG